CGGACUUCCGAUAACGCGGCUGACCAAAAGUACCUUGCCCACGGGGAGCUUCCCUCCAUCCCUCUGUAACCCCAAUCCGAUCCCAUUCCCCCUUCUUCCCUCUCAUUGUAUCCUCCAGAAUCCUCGCCAUGACCCGCCGUACACCCAGCGCGCACUCGUCGCACGCUAACCUCCACAGCGCCAUGCUCGCCCACCGCCUACACGAGCCCACCCCAGCCAUGCCCACCAGCCGCCGCGAGGUCGUCGAGUCCUCCAAGCCCGAGGCGUUUACCAAGCCCUUUACCGACUUCCUCGAGGAGAACCCGACCAUCUUCCACGUCGUCGAGUACAGCAAGCGCAAGCUCGAGGCCAAGGGGUACAAGGAGCUGCCCUCGCGCGAGGCGUGGAAGCUCGAGGCCGGGGGCAAGUACUACACCACCCGCAACGGCAGCGCCGUCAUCGCCUUUGCCGUCGGCAAGGCGUACAAGCCGGGCAAUGGCGUCGCCAUGAUCGCCGGCCACAUUGACGCCCUCACCGCCAAGCUCAAGCCCGUCAGCAAGAAGCCCAACAAGGCGGGCUACCUGCAGCUCGGCGUCGCGCCCUACGCCGGUGGCCUCAACGCCACCUGGUGGGAUCGUGACCUCGCCAUCGGUGGGCGUGUGGUCGUGCGCGACGUCGAGACGGGCAAGACGAGCACCAAGCUCGUCAAGCUCGGCUGGCCGAUUGCCAAGAUCCCCACGCUGGCGCCUCACUUUGGCGUCGGCAUGAUGGGCACCAACAACGCCGAGACCCAGGCCGUGCCCAUCAUCGGCCUCGAGGGCCCCAACGACGCCGUCGAGGCCCUCGGCGGCGACGAGUCCUUUGUGCGCUCGCAGCCGCCGCGCCUCGUCAAGCUCAUCGCCAAGGAGCUCGGCGUCAAGGACUACGACUCCAUCCUCAACUGGGAGCUCGAGCUCUUCGACUCGCAGCCCGCCCAGACCCUCGGCCUGGAGAAGGAGUUCAUCACCGCCGGCCGCAUCGACGACAAGCUCUGCUCCUGGUCGGCCCUCACCGCCCUCCUCCACGCCGAGGAGAAGGAGGACGACAGCUACAUCAAGCUCGUCGCCCUCUUUGACGACGAGGAGAUUGGCUCGCUCCUGCGCCAGGGCGCCAAGGGCAACUUCCUCCCCUCCACCAUUGAGCGCAUCGUCGAGGCGCUCAGCUCCUGCGCCUACGGACCCAGCCUGCUCGGCCAGACGUACGCCCGCUCGUUCCUUUGCUCCUCCGACGUCUCCCACGCCGGCAACCCCAACUUCCUGGGCAACUACCUCGACGACCACAUCCCCCAGCUCAACGUGGGCAUGGUCAUCUCGGCCGAUUCCAACGGCCACAUGACCACCGACGCCGUCUCGACCGCCAUUAUGCGGCGCGUGGCCGAGCUCGAGGGGCUCAGGACGCAGGCCUUCCAGAUCAGGAACGACUCGAGGAGCGGCGGUACCGUGGGUCCCAUGCUGUCGAGUGCCAUGGGCGUGCGGUCGGCCGACGUCGGCUCGCCGCAGCUGAGCAUGCACUCGAUAAGGGCCACGACAGGUGCGCUCGACCCCGGUCUGGGUGCCCUGUUCUUCAAGAGUUUCCUGGAUCACUGGGAGCAGAUUGAUGGCGAAUGGGCAUAGAGUAGAUCAUAUAUGUAAACGAGUAGAAACGAUGGAAAUAUUAUAACGCCUCCGCCGCAAUCUAUCUGGCGGGUUUUCAAAUUACGCAUGCUUUGUCGCUAUCUAUAGAUCUAUGCAGUAUCUCCGAAUGGGUAUCUACCGUCCCGCUCGUCUCCUCAGCUCGUUCGCCAUGUCCACUUCGAAAUCGGUCUCUUCUUCCUCAACGUCGUCGUCGUCGUCAUCAUCCUCGUCAUCAACUUCAUCACCCACUGCACCCACAUGCUCCGCCUCUUCCUGUUCCUGUGGUGUCCGCUUUUUCUUCUCGAAAUCUUGCUUGUGCGCUUCUGACAUGAGCUUGCUAAAGGUACGGCCGCUCAACGUCUCAGCGCGACUGCGAAGACCGCCCCUCCCAAAGGUGCUGGCCACGGCCGUGGACGAGGCAGUGAUGCCGCCUUCUUCC